AUGGCUCGUACCAAGUCCAAGACACGCAAUACUAGCAACAGUUUUAGCGCUUCUUUUGACGUUGCACAGAAUGGCGUAAGUCCCGUAGCUGUUCCCUUUAAUGAGUCGGAGGCCCAUGUGUGCGCAUCUCCUGGGUCCAUGCACGCUCCUACCCCUACGAUCACAAACUCCAAUGGUAUUGGUGUCCACCCUGAACGCUCGCAUUGUCUUGUCAUUUAUACUGGCGGUACUUUUGGCAUGGUACCCGAUGAGAAUGGCGUGUUACAUCCAAGCAGUGGAUUCUUGGAAAAAAAAAUUCGCGAAAUGGACGAAUUUCAGUUCGAAACCAUGCCUCACGUGACUGUGAGUGAGUGGGAAAAUCCUAUUGACUCAUCGGACAUGAUUCCUGACGAUUGGGCUACGAUUGCUAAAGAGAUUGAAGCUAAGUAUUGGGAUUACGAUGGAUUUGUGGUCUUACAAGGCACCGAUACGAUGGCAUACACGGCAUCAGCUUUAAGCUUCAUGCUCGAAUAUCUUGGCAAACCGGUUGUUGUCUCGGGGGCCAUGAUUCCUCUGCAUUUUCCACAUAGUGAUGCACGACGCAAUUUGAUCAUGUCGGUCAUGUGUGCAGCCACGUUGGCGAUUCCUGAAGUCUGCAUUUACUCGAAUAACAAAUUGCUACGUGGAAAUCGGACGACAAAAGUGGCCAAUAUGUCAGUUGAUGCUUUUCACUCGCCCAAUUUUCCAUCAUUGGCAAUCACGGGAGUUGAAGCCACUGUAGACCAACCAAUUAUUCUUCCGUACCCACGGUCCCGCUUUCGUGUCUUCACAAAUUUGUCAACAGAUAUUUGUGUCUUUCACUUGGUACCUGGAUUUGACGGGGAGUGUAUUGAAGCAUACAUUGAACGACAUAGUGCGUACAAAGACCAGGAUAAGCGAAAAGCAUUAGUCUUUGCACUAUAUGGAACGGGAAACGCACCAUUACGGAAAGAUGGUUUCUUACGUCUUGUACAGAUGGCAAUCGAAGCCGAGAUCCCAGUCACUAUCACGUCGCAAUGUGUACAAGGCCGUACUCAACUAGAUACGUACGCAACAGGUAUUACGUUGCUAAAUAUGGGAGUCAUAACAUCCCUCGAUAUGACAAUUGAAGCAUGUGUGGCCAAAUUGGCUUAUCUCAUGGGAAAAGGCUUUACAGGCAAGCAACUCAAGCUAAAGAUGGAAACAGAUUUACGAGGUGAAUUGUCGAUUGUUGAUGCCGUUGCAAAUGGAGAAGAGAUGAGUCGUACGCAACAGUAUCGUAAGACUGUUGUCCGCAGCUUUGCUUCUCAUUGA